AUGAAGAACCCAUUCCAACUUAAGGAGGCCGAGACCGAGACCCCGGCCAUCUACGCAAAUGAGCCAGCGAAGCAGCGCGGCAAGGUUGCGACCGCUGCCCUCAGCGUCCUGGCGCCGUUCGUGUAUGUCUUCGGCCUCCUGCGCAGGUAUACAAACCUGACUGUCUGGAUCAUCAUCAGUAUGAUUGUCGGUAUUAUCGUCGGCAAAUUUGCACCCGACUUUGCUGUCCAGAUCGAGCCCAUGGGACGUCUCUUCGUCCGCAUGAUUCAGACCGUGGUGGGUCCUCUGAUUUUCUCAACAUUGGUUGUCGGUAUUGCUGGACAUGGAGAUGAUUUGAUCAGAAUCGGCCGCCUAGCCGUCAAGUCCAUCGUCUAUUUCGAGGUCGUCACUACCUUUGCGCUCAUCAUCGGUCUUCUCUCCGUCAACAUUGCCAAGCCCGGCAAGGGCUUCAGCAUGGAUGGUCUCGUUGCGCCCACAGGCGAUAACAAGCCCAUCACUUGGGUCGAUGAGAUGGAGAAAAUCGUCCCCCAGUCCUUCUUUGCCGCCAUGUCUGACCACGCCGCCGUUUUGGCCAUCGUCUUCUGUGCCGUCAUGUUCUCUGUCGCAAUCAUGAGAGCCGACGCAAAGUCCAAGAAAGUCAUGCUAGACUUCAACGCCUCGCUGUCCGCCAUCAUGUUCAAGGUUGUGGAACUCGUCAUGAACUAUGCCCCCAUCGGUAUCGGAUGCGCCAUUGCUGCCACGGUUGGAAAGUAUGGUCUUGGUGCCUUAGCUGCUGCAGGGAAGCUGGUCGGAACCCUUUAUGUUACCCUGAUCAUCUUUGCGCUGAUAAUCAUCUUGCCCGUCGUCGUCAUCUGCCGCCUCCCUCUCAAGGACUAUGCCAAAGCUGUCGGCCAGCCUUUCAUCAUGGCCUUUGCUACCGCCUCGUCUGAGUCUGCGCUUCCCAAGGCCAUGGAGAACAUGGUCGCCUUCGGUUGCCCUCCCGAGAUUGUCGCCUUUGUGAUCCCCACCGGAUACUCCUUCAACUUGGAUGGAUCGACUCUUUAUUUAGCUCUUGCCUCAAUCUUCUGUGCCCAGGUUGCCGGCAUUGACAAGUCUGUGGGCGAGCAGAUCGUUAUCAUGAUUACCCUCAUGCUGAGCUCCAAGGGUGUUGCUGCCGUCCCACGUGCCUCGUUCAUCGUCUUGACCUCGACUCUUACGAACGCCAACAUCCCUCUGGCUCCCCUGGCUCUGAUUAUGGGUGUCGAUGCCUUCAUGGAUAUGGCCCGUACUUCGAUCAACGUGCUCGGCAACAUGACCGCUUGCGCCGUGGUUUCGCGCUGGGAGGGUGAGUUCCGCAACGAUGCCUGGCACGCCCGUCAGGCCGGUCAGACUCCCGAGACCCUUGCCAUGGACGAAGUUGAAUCCGAGGAGUACAACCCUGAUCACCAUCACGUACAUGGCUCGGCUGCACACGGCAACCAUCCUCGCAUGGGUGGCCUGCACGCUGAAAAGGCUUCAAUCCGCUCUGUCCAUUCGACCUCCUCGGCAGUCGAGGCUUACAACGGCUCCAACACGCAGCAGCGCCAUCACACCCAGGGUGAUAACAUUGUAUAA